AUGAAGAUGGACAGAGGAACUUAUAUCAUCGUAAAGGAAGAUAUGAAGUUCUUCCCAAGUGAGGAUCAGCUCAUCAAAUUUUUGAAGAUGAAGAUUGAUGGCAGAUACUCUGGGUUCAUAUCCGAAAUCAACUUAUACAAGCAUGAGCCAUGGGAUUUGCCCGCAUUAUCAGUGGUAAAGUUCAGUGAAGAGUGGUUCUUCUUCACAGAGAAUAGCAGAAAGUACAAGACAAGCGAUCGAAGCAACAGACAAACAGAGAAGGGUUAUUGGCAUGAAACUUCCAAGGAAGUACCAGUGGUCAAUACUAAUGACAAGUCUAAAGUCAUUGGCAGAAAACGAUUUCUAGUAUUCUACAAAGGUCGUGCUUCUCGUAAAGAAAAGACUAACUGGGUUAUGCAGGAGUAUUUUGUUCCUGAGGGUGAGCACGAGACGAACUUAGUGCUUUGUCGCAUAAAGCAGAAAUCAGUGGGGAGUUCUCGUGAAGAUAGUAACAAAGGUAUUGUAUUUGAUAUUGAGUGUGGAUUGUAA